GCCAGUCAGCAGCUACAGCAGAGAGGUAUAGGAAUAAUAAUAUGCAACUCUGAAGAGGCCGGACCAUGGCAGACCUGAAAAAGCUGUAUACAGACCCAGCCAGGUUUAUCUGUAUUUAUCCAGCUUACAUCAAUAACAAGAAGACAAUUGCAGAGGGAAGGAGGAUACCCAUUGAAAAGGCUGUACAGAAUCCUACAUGUACUGAAAUCGCAGAUGUAUGUCGUGCAAAUAAGCUAAAUGCCACUGUAGAGGCAGACAAGAUGUAUACACGCGAGUGGAACCGGGAUGUACAGUACAGGGGCAGAGUGCGUGUACAGCUAAAAAACGAAGAUGGCACAGCAUGUGUGGACAAACUUCAGUCAAGGAAAGCCGUGAUGCUUCGUGUGGCAGAUGAGAUCCCCAAGCUAAAGACUCGGACACAAAAGACAGGAGGAGGAGAUCAGACAGUCCAGCAAGGAGAAGGUGGCAAGAAAAGCAAGAAAAAGAAGAAGUGAUGGAUUGAUGUAGAUCGAGAGCAGCGCCGAUUCAGUUUCCAGAGGUUGCUACAUGA